AUGGACGAUCUGUCUCAGAGUAUACCUCAUUCGAUGCUAUCCUUGAAUACUGUUUCGCCGCCCGACCCUAUGCGAGAGGAUGAAUCAACAUCCGAUAUCGACCCAGAAAAGAGGGGAAAGGCAGCCACAUCGGACUCUACCUCCCCACGCUCGCUGCGCAGAGACCACACAGACCAGUUCGCACAGCUUGUGCGAGCGUCCUCUGAAAUUGUGCGUGGUAUCAAUCCCUUCCUCGAUCUUGAUCAACCUUCUCUGGAUCCAAGCUCGCCACAGUUUGAUAUCAAACUGUGGGCAAAGACGUUCUUCGAAGCAGUCUCGAACGACCCUGAGAGGUAUCCUCAACGUUCAGCGGGACUCUCUUACCGUGGUGUCAACGUCUACGGACAAUAUACACCGAUAGACUACCAGUCAGAUGUGGUCAAUGUGGUGCUAGAUAUCCCAAAGAUGAUCAUAUCCACCAUCAGUAAACGAGGGAAAAAUGUCCAGAUCCUGAAAGAUUUCGAAGGCUUGGUCAAGAGCGGCGAAAUGCUGCUGGUCCUGGGUCAACCCGGCAGUGGCGUUUCGACCUUUCUGAAGACGGUGGCGGGCCAAACGCGUGGCUUAUGUCUCGACUCGGGAUCUGAGAUCAGCUAUCAAGGUAUCCCAUGGGGCGUGAUGCAUGGGCGGUUCCGAGGCGAAAUUAUCUAUCAAGCAGAAACUGAUGUCCAUUUCCCCCAUCUGACCGUGGGUCAAACAUUGCUAUUUGCUGCUGCAGCAAGGACUCCAAGAAAUCGGCUUCCUGGAGUGAGUCGCAAGAGACACGCAGAGAUCAUCAGAGGCGUCGCGAUGGCUGUCUUUGGCAUUUCUCAUACUAUCAAUACGAGGGUUGGCGACGACUUUGUCAGAGGCAUUAGCGGAGGAGAGAGAAAACGUGUCAGUCUCGCUGAAGUUGCUCUGAAUCAAAGUCAAAUUCAAUGCUGGGACAAUAGUACUCGUGGAUUGGACAGUGCAACAGCACUCCAAUUUAUCAAGACUCUCAGAUUGUCAACAGAAGUGGCAGGGACGACGACCCUAGUAGCCAUUUACCAGGCUUCGGAAGCUGUCUACGAUGUAUUUGACAAGGUUGUCUUGCUUUAUGAAGGCAGGCAGAUAUAUUUUGGCAGCACGGAAGACGCGAAGAGAUAUUUCGUCGACUUGGGCUUCCAUUGUCCUGAACGGCAGACAACCGCCGACUUUCUCACUUCGCUCACCAAUCCAGCUGAACGGAUCGUCCGCCCUGGGUUUGAGAACCUCGUUCCUCGCACGCCGAAGGAAUUUGCCCAAACAUGGCAAGAAAGCAGCGCGAGAGAGAAAUUGCUCCAGGCCAUCGCAGCCUUCGAGCAAGAGUAUCCAAAGGCUAGUUCCUCUCUCGAAAGAUUUAAGAAAUCAAGGAAGGCUCAGCAAGGUGCUUUAGUGCCUAGCAUGUCUCCUUACACGAUCUCAGUACCGAUGCAAAUCGAACUGUGCACUAUCCGCGGAUUUCAGAGGUUAAUGGGGAACAAGACGUUUUUCCUAAUCACGGUUUUUGGGAAUUUUGCCAUAUCACUAGUGCUCGGAAGUGUGUUCUACGACCUACCUUUUUCGGCUGCGAGCAUCAGCAGUAGAGGAACCCUCCUUUACUUUGCUAUCCUCUUUAAUGCACUGAAUAGUGCCCUCGAGAUUUUUUCCUUAUAUGAACAGCGGCCUGUAGUCGAGAAGCAAGCAAGAUACGCGCUAUACCACCCGAUCUCAGAAGCAAUUGCGUCCGUUAUUACUGCGAUGCCGAGUAAACUGAUCUCCACCUUUGCGUUCAAUGUGCCCCUUUAUCUCAUGUCCAAUCUACGCAGAGAAGCCGGGGCCUUCUUCAUCUUCUUGCUCUUUGGGUUCACCUGCACUUUAGCCAUGUCGAUGAUAUUUCGGACCAUUGGACAAUCCACACGGACUGUCUACCAGGCACUCACUCCGACGGCAUUCUUUGUUCUGGCCAUGGUGAUCUACACUGGAUACAUCUUGCCUACGGCAAAGAUGCAAGGUUGGUUGAGGUGGAUCCACUGGAUUGAUCCAAUCUAUUAUCCAUACGAAAGUAUUAUGAUCAACGAGUUUAAUGGACGCCAAUUUCCGUGCUCUCAAUACCUUCCGUCAGGGCCAGGCUACGAAAAUUCAACAGGAUUGGAGCGAGCUUGCUCGGCUGCUGGGGCUCUUCCAGGAGCCGAUUACGUGGAUGGAGGUUAUUACAUAGCUGCCGCAUUCGGGUACGAUCAUUCCCAUCUCUGGAGAAACUUUGGAAUCCUCAUUGCAUACAUCAUCUUCUUCACCAUUACCUAUUUUCUCGCUGCUAGCUAUGUCCACACUGACCGAUCCAAAGGUGAGGUAUUAGUGUUUCGACGUGGCCGCAAGCCGAUAACAGCUCUCAAUUCUGCACAAGACGAGGAAUCAAACAACGGCCAUCUUGCCGAUGAAACCAACAAGCUCCGGCAGGUGGCGGCCGAUUCGGCAGAACAUCAACAUACAACCAUUCAGAUGCACGGUUCCACUUUCCACUGGAGAGAUGUAGCAUAUGAAAUCUCAAUCAAGGGGAAACCCAGAAAGAUUCUGUGUGAUGUCGACGGCUGGAUAAAGCCAGGAACAUUGACCGCUUUGAUGGGUGCAACUGGUGCUGGGAAGACAACCUUGCUCGAUGUUCUUGCGGGUCGAGUAACCAUGGGCAUUGUCAAUGGUCAUAUGUUUGUGGAUGGCAAUCCCCUCGAUCAGUCUUUUCAAAGGAAGACCGGCUACAUUCAGCAACAGGAUUUACACCUGGAGACAUCGACGGUUCGAGAGUCAUUAAGGUUUUCUGCCGUUCUUCGUCAGCCCCCCACUACUAGCAAAGAGGACAAGUUCGCCUACGUCGAGGAAGUGAUAAGGCUGUUGGACAUGGAGAGCUACGCAGAUGCCAUUGUUGGUAUUCCUGGGCAAGGGUUGAACAUUGAACAAAGGAAGCGCUUGACUAUUGCCGUAGAACUUGCUGCCAAACCAGAUUUGCUGCUCUUUCUCGACGAACCAACUUCAGGUCUUGAUAGCCAAACAGCCUGGUCUAUCAUGACGCUGCUCAGGAAACUCUCAAACAACGGCCAAGCAAUCUUAUGCACGAUUCAUCAACCAUCGGCAUUGCUUUUCCAGCAAUUUGACCGACUUCUGCUCCUUUCAAAAGGUGGUAAAACUGCCUAUUUCGGCGACCUCGGGAAUGAUUCGAGAUCACUUACUGACUACUUUGAACGGUACGGUGCUCGGCCAUGUGGGCAGAAUGAGAACCCUGCAGAGUGGAUGAUGGAAGUCAUUGGGGCUGCACCAGGCGUAACAGCAAUCCGAGACUGGCCUGACACUUGGCGAAGGAGUCCCGAGUACGGUCAAGUGCGACAAUUCCUCUCGGAGUUGGAAGAGAGCCAUGUUUCUAUUACGAAGAAUCAAACCCGGAGCUCACUGGUGGCAGCGAAGUAUGCUGCUCCAUUCGGCACACAGUUUUUCUACUGCACAACAAGAGUCUUCGAACAAUACUGGCGUACACCAACGUACAUCUAUUCCAAGUUAUUGUUAUGUCUCGCAACGAGCAUCUUCAUCGGCGCUUCAUUCUAUAGUGCAGAAAACUCGAUGCAAGGACUUCAGGACCAAAUGUUUGCCAUCUUCAUGCUGAUAGUCAUUUUCGCCUUCCUCGUAUAUCAGACGAUGCCAAACUUUGUCGUCCAGCGGUCUCUAUACGAAGCUCGAGAACGGCCCUCCAAGACGUAUGCCUGGUACAUUUUCAUGUCCGCCAACCUUGUUGUCGAGCUGACGUGGAACACUGUGGCCGCUCCACUGAUAUUCUUCCCCUUUUACUACCUCGUUGGGAUGGACAAGAACGCUGAAGCGUCCCACGCCGUUGCAGAACGUGGAGGGCUCAUGUUCCUCUUGACGUUGUGUUUCACGCUAUUCACAGCGACCUUUGCUCUCAUGGCCAUCGCUGGAGUGGCAACAGCAGAGAUAGGGGCCAUCCUUUCUCUGGUAGCUUUCGCCUUCUCUCUUAUAUUUUGUGGAGUCAUGGCUCCGCCUGCCGCGCUCCCGGGAUUUUGGAUCUUCAUGUACAGGAUUUCGCCGUUCACUUAUCUCAUCAGUGCUUUUCUCUCAACUGGUCUAGCCAAUUCUGAGGUCCACUGUUCACCCCUUGAGACUGCCAAACUCCAGCCCUUUCCUGGAGAGACUUGCGCUCAGUACAUGGCCCCCUAUAUUCAAGUGGCGGGCGGCGCUCUCUACAAUCCUCAGGCCACCGAAAACUGCGAAUUCUGUACCAUUGCGAACACCAACGUAUAUCUGGCAUCUGUUUCCUCCUUUUAUGACGAGAGAUGGCGAAACUUUGGGAUUCUGUGGGUAUACAUUAUUUUUAAUGCUUUUGCCGCAGUAUUUUUGUACUGGUUAGCGAGAGUCCCGAAGCGGGAAAUCAACGGAGGCCGAUCUUUGUUGGCGUCCUGGGACUGGGUUCAACUUUCGUUUGCCCGGGGUUUGGGCCUCAAUAGGUCAAGAGCAUGA